AUGUCCCGAUCGGUCCUGGACGCUCCUCGGGCUCAGCAUCCUUCUAUUCACACACCAUCCGUCCCGGCUCUAGGACCACCACCUCAACCACGGCGGCUUUCUUCUUCACAUUCAGGGGCUACCACAGCUACACCACCAAUAACAAUAACAACAACAACAGCUCAGCAUCAACAACAACAACAACAACCAAUCCCACCCUUGGUAAACCCUUCGCCUACCCGAUUAGAUACCCCACUACAUGUUCGAAGACAAAGUCCUGGUGGAUCUCCGCAAUUGACUGUUAAACGCGUCAUUGGCACAACAGUAUCAACCUCUGCAGGCUUUGCUUCCGCAACAAACUCCAUUGCAUACACCGCUGGCGCCGGUGUCGUUUUACUCCAGCUUAGUGAGACGUCUCCAGUUUGCAUUAAAUCCGAGCGUUUUUUCUGUGCCCCCCCUAAACCCUUUGCAUCUUCAUCCUCAUCCUCUUCUUCAUCCUCUUCUUCCCUAUUACCUACACAAUUACCAUUUACUGCUUCGUCUUCGCUAGAAUGUUCGACAAAAGAUGGCCGACGAGACGCAUUUUCAUUCCCCAUUUCUUAUACCCCAGUGGUUAUUAAAUCUUCCACACAUGGAAUUGGCAUUCAGGGAUCCGAUGACCCAUCUUCAUCUUCUUCUGGAAUCACUAGAUCCACCUCUGCUUCUGCAUCACUUGCAUCCAUAGCUUCAACUUCCGCUUUAUCUUCUCAAUCACUUUCUUCCAAGGACAAAAUCAAAAGCACUACCUGUGUAGCCAUAUCCCCAGACGCUAAAAUAUUGGCUGUUGGUGAAACUGGUUAUAACCCCCAUAUCCUUGUUUAUUCCCUAGCCCCAGACUCUUUGCGCAUACCUCUUUUAAUGCUUGGAGAACAUCGAUUUGGAAUUAAACGGCUUUCCUUUUCACCCUGCGGACGGUACCUAGCUACCUUAGGUGUUACCAAUGAUGGAUUUCUGCACAUUUGGCGGUUGCUCCCCCGCGACCAAACGGCUAUUCUUCAUUCCUCAAACAAAUGUCUUUCCACUGUAAAUGCCAUGGCUUGGAUGACUGGUUCAAACAGUGUUCUUAUAACAGCUGGAAUUCGUCAUUUACGUGUCUGGCACCGACCGUCAACCGACGAUUCCUUCAUUUCUGCUACAAACCCUUCAGUCUUACAAUGCAGAAAUGUUGUUCUUGGGACUUUUAGCAAUGUAACAUUUGUAUCAAUUGCUCCCAUCUCGCCCAAACUAGCGCUGGUCGCUACAGAUCGCGGUGAAAUCGGACUUGUUACCCUCAAUUCUGCCAACGAGUCAGAAGACUCAACAGUAGGGUCCUUUUCUCUUCAGUAUACAGUAAACUUUGCCAUUUCCUCGAUUCACUUUGAUUUCAAUGACCAAACACUUUGGAUCACUGGUCCUGAAGAUGAAUUAAGGGCUGUUCCUCUCAAAACAAUACUUGAUCCAAACAAUAAUUUAGAACAAUCACCAGUAUCUAUCAAAGAGUUGACUACUACAGACUCCUAUAUUUUAGCCAUGUCAGUAAUAACAACUAAUUCAUCAGUGAUUCGGCUCACGUCUCACAAUGAACUCAAAAUUACAGAUUUUAACAAAACACAACUAAGUGGUACCGAAGGCAUUACAUUUAUCGAGCAAACACUGAGGCUUUCUAAUAAUGGCGGUAUCCGUGGCCUUAAAAGUACCGUGGACAGCCGGUUUAUAACAUGGUCAGACUCAGGGCUUGUGCGUGUUUGGAACAAAAACGCUGAAUGCGUGGGCCAAGUAACCAUUAAUGUUCAUGACGAUAUUGACAAAAUGGCCUCAACAUACGAAGUGCGCGAGGAUUUCCCCAAUUUUCUUUCCAAAGCCGUGGCCACCAAAUCAAACAUGGUAGUGAGUGGCGACCGGCACGGCGUACUGCGAAUCUCGGAUAAGAAGAGUGGAGCUGUAGCCCAAUACUUUCACGCCCAUGGCUCAGAGAUUGUAGGGAUUGCAUAUGGGUACCGAGCUGUUAAUAAAGACGAAUACCUGGAAAUUGUAACUACUAGCGGGCGCGACCGUACAGUUCAAGUAUUUCUGAAAGAAUACAAUACACCUGUGAGUAAUUGGACGUUGCUUCAGACAUUGGUGGGCCACAAAAGUAGCGUCAAUAAGGUACUUGUUGUAAACAACUGCGAGUACAUCUUAUCGUGUUCCAAUGAUCGGACUGUGUCUGUACACAAGGCUGUAUUUUCAGACAGUGACGCAGGGCGCCUGGUUGCAUAUAUGCCAGAGCGCAUCAUUACUCUCAAGUCAACCCCGUGUGAUCUCCAUGUUAGCACUGUUGGCGAGCUCAUUGUGUCUUGCAAUGACAAGAAUAUUUAUGUGUACAAGUUUCCUGGGAGUGAAUUGACAAGAACAUACAAGACUACUGAUGAGAAGGGCGAUGCGGUGGCUCUCAAAGACAUUGCGAUUGCACCUGUUCGAAUCGAAGCUUCUGAAAACAAAUACAUGAUCCACACAUGUCUUGUAGGCAUGGGUGCCGACAAGAGUAUUCGAGUAUAUGACCAUAAGACUGGGCAGCACAUUUGCAGCGAUUGGGGACACUCGGAAGGCGUUUCCGGCUUAGAAUUGGUUGGUAGUGAAGUUGUGGACGAAGACGAACACUGGACACUGGCAAGUAGCGGCAAUGACGGAUGUGUUUUUGCGUGGGAGCUAACGGGACUCACACAAUACUACAAGCGCACAUACCAUUCUCGGCGAGGCCCUGUUGGUGGUAACACGUUUAGUAGACUCAAUACAACAUCUUCACCGGUAUUGCAUGCGCCAACAUCGAGUUCUAGCAGUGGAUCAGCUCCGUCAAGUGCUGGAAGUGCAAGUAACGAGUCACCUACGAGAACGCCGCCUAUUUCGGCCAACACUGGGGUGCCUGUACGCAAAGUUAUUUCCAAGGCAGAAAUCAAUCGGUUUUUGAACAAAACUGGCGGGGAUACAACAAGCUCUAAUUCAAGCACUGCGGCAAGUUCCACUGCCGUUGGGCGGCGUAAAACACUCCCCACCCUUUCGUCAUCACGAAGCACGUCUGCGUUAUCGUCAGUGCCUCACGAAGCACCUGCAACUCUUUCGCGAUCCAGCAGUUUACAAAAGAUCAACGAGGCACCCUCAAUUCGGAUCAAAAGCAAGGUACUUGAGCGCCAACCUGAGUCGCCAUCCAAACCGUCGUCACAGGUUUUACGCACCGGGUCGAUAGGGUCUCAGAGCGGCAAAGCGAGCGUCACUAGGCUUGUGCGGUCUCCAGCAACUAAAUCAAUCAGUCAUGAAUUGGGGAAGUCUGAUGGCUCAGGAGGAAGAUUGCCUGUGCGUGCGACGCGCAGUAGUACCGUGACUAUUGGAGAGUCCUCGGCAGCUGGUCGUAAUAGUAGCGGUGCGGCAGUUGCAGCGGCCACGAUGGCGGCAGCUAGUACGCCUAGUAUCAGUCCUGUGCGGCUGCGCACUUCUGUAUCGUCUAACUCAAUUUCUAGUCUCAAGAGUCCAACAACACCCACAAGCAACAGUACCAAGGCAAUUUCGCGGUCUUCCUCUCCAAGCGUUAAUAAUAUGCCCCCAUCAGUGACUUUACGCAAAACUGGGCUUGUUCGGCGGUCUGCCACCGAGUCUGGGAUUUCUAGUAAAGUUAUGGGAAGUGAUGAGUCUAAAUCCAAAUCGGUGAGUGGGAGCCCAGUGGAAACAGGAAGCCGGCGGACGUCAUCGUCACGACACAGUUUGGUUAGUGAGCCGGAGAGGAGUGCAUCAUCAAUACGGAGUCCGAGCACAAGCAGUACUGCUAGCCGGCGAAGUAGUGUUGGUAGUGUGAGUUCUCUGUCAAAGAAAGAAAGCAGAGAUAUGAGCGCUGGGAGUACACCUGAACUUAAACCUGUGUCAUUGACUCGUGUAGAGGAAGUCAAAAGUGUGCCAGGACAGGUUGUUGCUGUACCUAAAACGCCGACCACUCCGACGACAAAGGCAGCAACAACAACUCUGACAAUAAAUUCGCAGAGCACUGUAGGUAUGGAAUCUGAAGCCAUGCAUUUUGGACUGUGUGCAACGCUUGCAGAGGUUCGUGCAGUGUACGGAGCUCAGCCGCAGAUUUUCACAAGCGAGGAGGUGGGUACGUUAAUUCGAGAGAUGACAAUGACACUUGCAGUGCUCAAAGGAGAGGAAAAGAAAGAAGAGAAGGAGAUUGAGAAAAGUAGUGAUAGAGAUGAUAAUAUUUUUGGAGGGAAAAGUAUGGAGGAAAUUAUAGAGAAAGUUGGGGAUCGACUGGGAGAACGAGUGUGCCAGUUGAUUAGCUCGAGGUUAGAGAGGUGA